AUGGAGAAUCCACAAAAGUUCGUUGACGAGAACAAUCCGCUGAUGCUUGACGCUGAGCAUUAUGAUGAUUGGAAAGCACAAAUCAGACAGAUGAUUCAGUGUCGUGAUAUGGAAGCCUGGUUCGUUGUUGAAGAUGGAUGGUCACUUCCAACAUUUAUGAACAUGAGAGGAGAAAUUAUAAUAAAGCCCUGUAAUCUGUGGACGGCUGACGAGAAGUUAAAGAGUAAACAGAACGCUGAAGCACUAUCUACUAUUUUCAGCUGCUUGCCGACGGAUCUGUUCGCAAUGGUGAAAGAGUGUAUGUCGGCAAAAGAAGCUUGGGAACGUUUGGAAGCCUUCUUUGAAGAAACCAGAAGGGUGACGAAGAAAAAAUCUGAUGUAUCACCAUCCUGUCAUUACAACAGUCAACUAAGCUCCCCUUGUCAAGAAGUUGUAGUACUGAACAAGGUAUACAAGGAUAAAAGGCUUGUCAAGGAAUUUCUCAGAAGGAUAUCACAUGAAUAUAUUUCUCACAAAUCUGAUGGUAAAGGUGCUUUAAGUUCUGAUGAACAGAAGGUUGAUCAGUGUGUGAAAUUAGUUCAGAAAGAUGAAUUGCAGAUGAGAAAGAACGAUCAGAAGACUGAGGAAUCAUUCACUCUGAAGACUGUAGAAACUCAGACGUCUGUUCAAGGUAAUGAGGAAGCACUGAUCAAGAAGCAGUUCAGAAGGCUGAAGGGUGUACAACGUCAACAUCAAUCUUCAUCAUCCAGAUCUGAUGCAGAGAAAGAAUCUCAGAGUUCUGAAUAUCAAGGUUAUGGACACCUUCAAUCAGAAUGUUCCACACUUAAAAGAAGAAGCGUGCUGAAGUGUUACAACCGUCAAGGUUGUGUUCAUACGAAAUGUUGUCUGACAUGGAGUGAUAUUGAUUCAGCCAACGAAGAUGAUGAGAAUCAGAAGUCUAUUUUGAAGACUAAGGAUGAUGUGACUGGCUUAUCUGUUGUGAAGCAAGUCAUCGCUCUGUCUAAGGAUCUGAUUCUGCAGAAGAAGGAGAAUUAUGAUCUGGUGUCUGAGAAUGAAGAGUUGCUUUAUAGAGUCUUCACACUUGAGAAAUUGUUGUCUGAGGAGAAAGUUAUUACGUCUCUGUUGAGACAGCGUCUUGAGGACCAGCUAAGGAUUAACAAGAGGCUGAGUAAAAGAGCAAAAGAUCUGGACAAGCGGCUGGUCACUCACAAGGAUUCUAUGAUUGCAAACUGUGGUAUGAAGAACCAUGGAGGAAACUCAAGUGGUGACACAAGUGCAGUGAAUGGUUCAAUAGUGCUAUUUAAGAAUCGUGUAAGUCAACUCAUACGCCAGAAGAAGUUUCACAAGACUGUUGUAUUGAAGAACUAUGGUUGUUCAAGGUACAUGACUGUGAAUCACGGAAGGCUAUACAACUUUGAAGAAGGCUCAGUUGACAAGGUCACUUAUGGGGAUGAAGUUGUAGGUACAAUCAGAGGCAAAGGUGCAUCUCGAGGUAAAGACCAGCCCACUAUGGAAUCUGUCUACCAUGUCGAUGGUCUAAAAGUCAAUCUGAUUAACAUCAGUCAGUUGUGUGACGAGGGUUUAGAUGUUACCUUCACCAAGGAAAGAUGUCAGGUGGUUGAUGAGCGCGACAAUAUUUGA